AUGGAAUGCAAUCUUUUAGAAGAAGAGGCAUAUAUUAAGAAAUCUGGCCUAAUAAAUAAAGAAAAUAUAACAGAAAGAAAUUCAGAGGAUGAAAAAAAUACUUCAUGCUAUGUUAGUUAUUCUUCAUUAAGCGACGAUAGUUAUUUAGAUGUAGAUUAUGAAAAUUUUCAAAAAUACAAAGAACUGAAAAGUAAUAAUUUUAAUAAUAUAUAUAAUCACGAUAAUAAUAAUAAUAGCAACAGUAGUAAUAAUAAGUCAUUUAAUAGCAUAUUCAGUGAUAUUUUUUAUAGUGAAAAUAUGAAGCAUAUGAAUAAAGAUAAUAAUAAUUUAAAAAGAGAAAAGAAAAUACAAAAUUCUGAUAUAAAUAGUAAAAAUAUAAUAAAACAAAAAAAUAUUAUUCACAGUAAUAAGGAAUGUUUAAAUAAUGAAAAUUCACUUAAAAUGAAUGAAGUAAAUGAUUCUACAAAUAAAAAAAACUAUGAAUGUAAUAAUAUGAAUAAUGAUCUAAAAUAUAAUCCUCAUGAAAGUAAUAAUGAUAAUAAUAUGAUCCGUAAAAAAAAUGGAGAGAAAAAAUUUUUAGAGGGUCAUUUUUUGAGUGUAUUAAAUAAAUUUAAGAAAAGUUUGAAAGAAAAUGUGAUAGGUAAGAAAAUAUGGAAUAAUCAUAAUUCAGAGGUUAAUAAUUUAUGUGAAUCUAACAGAAAAAAAUGUCAAAAAGAUAAUUUAGAGAAUAAUUUCCUAGUUUCUAAUGAUAAAGACUAUAUAAAUAUAAAUGAUGUUUCUAAAGAGGCUGAAAAUAUGAAUGAUAAUGUAGUAAAUAAGAUGGAAUUUUCAUUUAAUAAUAAUUUAAAUGAUAAAAAAACUAAUGUUACUGAUAAAAAAAAUAAAAAUAAAGACAUAAUAAAAGAUAAUUUAAAUUAUGAAAAAUGUGAAUUAGAAGAAAACAAUAAAUCUAUAAAGAAAGAAUCAUUUUAUAAAUUAAGUAAUAAUAAUAAUAAUAAUGAAAAUACAAAGGAUGAAAAUAACGUUUUAAAUUUUGAAAUGUAUAAAGAUAAAAAAUUUAAUUUAUUAUCUGAUGAUUUACCUAAUGAUAAUAAGGUCCUUUUAAAUUUUUUAAAGGGUGAAACAAAUGUAGCUAACUUUGAUUAUCCAAAGUCAGAUAUUUUGGAUAAAAACUCUACAUUUGUUAAUAGUGAACUUAACAUUGACAAUAAUAAUAAUAAUGUCAUAAAUAGUAAUAUAAGUAAAAAUAUUAACUAUAAUAAUAUAAAUAAAAAUAAUCAAACUAAUCAUAUCAUUAAUAAUGUUAAAAAAAACAACAACAUUAAUAUUAAUGAAGGAACUAAAUUAAAAUUAUAUAUAAAUAGUGCAAAUGAUUGUGUUGACGAGAACAAGAAGAAUUAUUAUAAUUCAAGUAUUUCGAUAGAUAAAAAAGACGUUGGCUAUAAAAAAAGGAAUUAUUUAUUAAAUAAUGAUUCAUGUGACAACAAAAUUAAUUAUGAAAACAUUAAAAAUAAAAAUAUACUUAAUGUACAAGAUAUAAAAAAUAGAAAUCUAAAUUAUAAAAAAAAAAAGUCCCUUGUUCUGGGAGAAUAUAGUGAAAAUAAUAAGAAUUAUUUCAGAAAUAACAAUUUCAUUGAAGACGAUAUAAAUUGUAAUAAGAUACAUCAAAAUAAAAUAAAUAGUUUUUCUAAUAAUAAGGAUUACAGAUGUAUCUCAACACACAACAAUAAUAGUGAUCUUAAUAGAAAAGUAGAAAAAAAUAAACUAAAAAAAUAUUCCAUAAAAAAAGACUUAAAUAUUCUUAAAAAACGGUGCGAACGCAAUUUAUCUGAAGAUUAUCUAUAUAAAAUUAAAGAAUAUUUGUAUGCCAAAAAUCAGGAUAAAGAGCAAAAAAUGUUAAAUUAUUUAGAUAAUUCCUUAAAUAAAAAAAAAAAUAUUUACAUAAAAGAUAGUAAUAAUAAUAACAUAAACAGAAAAUAUAACAUAUUAAGUGAUAUGAGUCUAUUAAAAUUAAUAACGAAUAAUUCGAAUAAAAAAAUUUGUAAAAUAAUUGAUAUAGAUAACAAAGUAGUAGAUAAUUAUAUAAAGAAAAAAAAAAAUAAAAAUUAUUAUAAUUUAAAAAAAAGUUCUAUAAAUGUAUGCUCUAAAUGUAGGACGGAAAUGCAGUUAUCAAAUUUCCCUUUUUUAUGCUUUGAGUGCUUUAUCAGGGAAAUAAAAGUAAGAGUAGGAAAUCAAAAAAAAAAAUCAAAAAAAAAUGAAAUUAAUAACGAUUUUAAAGAAGUAAAUACAUAUAUCUAUGAAUUCUUUAAUGAAAUUGAUGAAUUAAAAAAAAAGUUUCAAAUGGAUGAUGAAGAAAUAUCUUUUAUGUUUAGCGAAAUAAGAAAAUGUAAUUUAUGGAAAACAGAAAAAAAUAUAUGUAAAAUUUUUCUAGAUAUUUUCAAAUGUUAUAAUUUCAAUGAUAAUCAUAAUGAAAAUAAUUUUUUUAAAAAGUUUCUGAAGGACAAUUAUGAAAAAGGAAUUAUUAAUGAUGAAGAAAAAAUUAAAAUUAAAAAUAUUUUUAAUAAUGAUUACUUGUCGGAUAAUUAUAAAAAAGGUAUACUAAAUUUCUAUAAUUUUUUCAAGAGAAAACAAGCAAAAAAGGAAUGUGUCUACCAUAAUAAUUAUAAGAAUGAAAAAAAGUUUAGAUAUGUAAAAUAUAAUAUGAAUUAUAAUAAGAAAAGAGUUAUUAAAUAUAUAAAUAAAUUAAAAAAUAUAUAUAUUUUUCUUUACAAGAAUAAUACAUAUUGUUAUAGAUAUAAUUUUGGAACUACAAAGUGUAUAUUAAUUAAUAAAAAUAAUAAAAAAAGCAUUUAUGUGAAUAAAAUAAAAAUAUAUUUAAAAAAUUUAAAGAAAAGUAUUGAUAAAUAUAGGAUUAUCAAACAAAAACUUUGUAAUAAUAAAAGUAGUAAGUAUAAUAAAUGGAAUAAAAAUUAUGAAAUUCUCAAUAAAAACACUAGUUCCUAUAAAGUAACUAGUAACUUAAAAUAUGAUGGUGAAGAAGUUGAUAAUGUAAAUUUUGAUAGAAAAAGUAUAGUUCAUGACAAUCAUAAUUGUUAUAUAAUGGAAAACUGUAAUAAUGAUAAAAAUGAUAUGGAAAAUAAUGAUAAAAGUGAUUUAAUUGAAAAUAAUGAUAGUGAUAAGAAUGGAGAUAUAAUAGGAAAUGAUGUUAAAACUGAUAUAAUUGAAUGUAAUGAAAGAACUGAUAUAACAGAAGAUGAUGAUAAAAACGUUAGAAUAGAUGAUAAUUAUAAUAGUGAUAAAAGUAAUGAUAUGACUAGUAAUAAUAAUUUAGAUAACUUCAUAAUGGAUAUUACUAAAAUGAGAAAUGAUAAUAAAUAUAAGUUCAACAAAAUUUUUAAUAUUAAAAACUCGAUAAAUGAAUCUCAGUUACCAAAUAUAAUAACACAAAAAAUAAUACCUCCUCUUAUUUUACCAUUAAAUAAAAAAUCUACUAAUUUAUUUUAUGAACUAAGGAAUAAUGAUUUCAUAGAUAUAAAAAAAAUCGAUUAUUAUAAAUUAUUUAUUAUGCGAAAAAACUUAUCUAAUUUUUACAUGAAUAAAAGUAUAAUGAAUUCAAAAGAAACUGUUGAAUCUUUUGCAAAUAAAGAAAGUAUAUGUGAUAAUAAUUUAUUAAUAAAUCAUAAAAAAAAUAAUGAAACGAUAGAGUUAUAUAUACCUAACUUUUGGAGAAGUAUAAAAAAUGUAAAUGAAAUUAAAUCAGUAACUACAGGAAAUUCUGAUGAUUUUUAUUUUAAACUUUUAGUUCAUCCAAGAGGAAAUUCUAAUGAAGAUAAUUAUUUGUCAGUUUAUUUAGAAGUGGUUAAACAAGAUUUUUAUCCUCCUGAUUGGAUAUUCCCGAAUGUUCGAUUUCAAUUAACUGUUCAUAAUUUUAAAUCAAAAAAAAAUUCGAUUUCUUCAUGGGCUUAUUGGUCUUUUACUAAUAAUUCUAUAUCAAGAGGAUGGCAAAAAAUGAUAAGUCAUUCAAAAAUAAAUAAAACAACAGGAUUUUUGGAUGAUUCUGGUGGUUUAUUAAUUAAAGGGAAAGCUGAAAGAUCUUUUAAAAAAUUGUGGUCAAAAAAUGUCAAUCAUAUACCAAAGUAUAUAUGGAGUUAUAUACCUGAAAAAAUAUAUGAAAAAUUUAAGAAAAAUGAUACAUUACUCAAUUUUUUAUUCAAAAAAUCAUAUUUUGAUAAAAUUUUGUUCUCUAACGAAAAUACGGACCAUAAUAAUAAUAAUAAUGAUAUCAAUAAGUUAGAAAAUCUUGAUUAUAUUAAGAAUUAUAUAUAUAACAGAUAUUCAAUAGAUAUAUAUAAUUUUUCAUUAUUUUGGUCUCCUCAAUUUAUUAAAAGUUAUUUUAUUAAUUCAGAGAAUUAUCAUAAAUUGAAAAAUUAUUUUUAUCAUAAUACAAGUAACCAAUUCACUAAUAGUGAAAUUCAUAGUAGAAAUAAUGAUAUAAACAUUUUAAAACAAAAAAAUGACGUAAUAUCUGCUAUUUAUUCAAAUUACAGUAACAUGGAUAUUUAUGAUGAUUUCAUUAAAAAUAAUAGCAUUGAUGCCUUAAAAAAUGUUACAACAGAAGAAUGUACAAAAAAAAAAGAAGCAUCUAUGCAUGAUGAUUUUUUUAUUGAUAAUAGAAAACAUAUUCUAUCAUUAACUAAUUACAUUAUUCCUGUUGUUGAAUCUUUUAAUGAAAAUGAUAAUUUAACGAUUUUAGUUAAUUGCUUAUAUAAUAUAGAGUUAUUUAAAAUUAUAAUUUUGAAAUAUAAUGGAAACUUAUAUAAUAGAAUUUUAUCUAAAUAUAUUAAAAGAAAAAAAGAAGAAAAAUUAUAUAAAUUGAAUUCUGUAAUGAAAAGAUAUGACAUAGAAAAGCAUUAUACCAAAAAUGAUAUAUUAGAAAAAAUAAAAAAAAAUAGUUAUAAUAAAUUAUACUAUUAUAAUCCAUCUGAUUUAAAAAAGAAAAUUAUAGAUAAAUUAAGUGCAACAAAUGACAAAAUUGAGUUUUUAUAUUCUUAUAUCAAUGAUAAAAUAAGCAAUUUAAAUAACGUGUAUCACACAGACUUCACCAAAAUGGAGGAUAAUACAUACAAACUUCACAAUAUAAAUUUUAUAAAUAUUAAAAUUAUUCAUAAUGAUAGCAUACAUUGUAUUAAUUAUAUUAACAAUUAUAUAAAAUAUAUGAACUAUAAGAUAAAUACUAUUAAUGAUAAAAUAAAUAAUGAAAAUAAAGGACAUAAUCUGAAUUAUUUAUGUAAUGUAAGUAAAAUAAACGUUCAUAUAAAUUGUAUAAAUAAUGAUAUUCAUGAUAUCAACGAAAGUAUAAAUAGUAUAAAGUAUGUUGAUAUUUUACAUAAUACAAAUAUAGCAGGAGAUACAUAUAAUAAUAAUGAAAAUGACAUGAUAAAAGGAAAUGAUAAUAUAAAUAAAAUAAAUAAUAGUAAUUCAAAUGAUAUAAAUGAAAAAAACAAUAAUGAAAAUGAUAAAAAUGAAAAUUGUUGUGUUGGUGAUUAUUUUGACUUUUUGGAAACAGGUUUUAUUAAUAAUCCUGAUGAAUUAAAAAAUAUGUCUUAUAGAUAUACAAAUGAUAUUAAAUCAUUUAAUAUGUUUGAAUAUUUUAGAAAAAACAAUAAAAAUGUUAUAAUAGCCUUACAAAGAAUUUUCAUAUGCAUGCAAUUAUACUCCUUAAUUCUUUGCUCAAAGAAAGGAAAAGAAGAUUUUGAAAAAAACGAUUCUAGCUAUUUAAAUGAAAAUUUUUAUAAGGAAGAAGGUAAUUUAUAUUUUAACAAGAGCGAUAAAAUAAAUAAAAAUGAAAUUAAUGAAAACUAUAAUGAUAAUAAAAAUAAUUUUGUCAAUUUACCAAGAAAUUCAUAUUCUUCAUUAUCUACUUCAAUGGAUACAGCCUUAAGUCAUGAAGACAAGGAUAAUGAUUUAAUUGGUAAUAUCAAUAGUAACUAUCAUAAUUUAUUUACGAAUAAUGUUAAAGAAAAUAAUAAAAAAGAUGAAAACAUAAAUAGUGAAUUCAUAAUUAACUCAAAAGAUGUUACUAAAGAAAAUAAAUCAUACCAAUAUUAUAGUAGUAAUAUAAAUCAGAAUUACAAUUAUAACGAUAAUAAAGGAGAAUAUAACGAAAAUGAUAUGAAAUAUUUAAGUAAUUUAGAAAUAUCUAAAAAAAAUUGUUUAUUCUAUUAUAAAAAUACUCUUUUUUAUAAUACUUUAUAUUCGGGAGAUGAUUCGAGCUCAACUUCAGCAAGUGUUGACAAUAUGAAAAAGAUAAAAGUAAAUAAUAAACAAGCUAUGUGUUCAAUAGUAAAUUCAUAUAAUGAAAAUAAUAAUUAUUUACAUUUAUUUAAGCCAUUGAUACCAAGUAUAAAGGUUUUAUUAAUUAGUUUAAAUAAAAUUUUAUUUAAUCAAUAUAGAUGCGAUGAACCCAUUACAAAAAUACAUGAACAAUUAUUUAAGCGUAUUGCUUGUGAUGUAGCAAAAGAUAAAAUAAAAUUACAUAAAAAAAUUAAAAAACUAAAAAAAAAAAAUACUAAAAAAGAAAAAAUAAUUGAUUUGAUAAAAGAUUUGAAAGAUAUAAGACUGUUUGAGCAAAUAUGUUAUGAAUUAUUUAACUUAAAAAAUAAAUCGGAAGACAAUAAUUAUAAAACAAGUAAUAAUAAUAUAAACGAUGCUAGUGAUUAUAGUAAUGAUAUUAAUGAUUAUAGUGCUUCUGAUGAUAAUUCAAAAUUUCUUAAUUUUCCUGGAAAAACAAUAAAUAAUGUAAAAAAAUCAGAAGAGAGUAUCAUCGAUGUCGAUGAUAAUGAAGGAAAAAAUUUGAAUUUUCAUAAAAAGGAAAGAUUUAUGAGGGAUGAAGAAGUACAUGAAGAUAUAGAAGAAAGCACAAAUAUAUUACUAAACAAGAAAGAAAAAAAAAUUAUAGAGAACAUCAUGCAUGAUAAAGAAAAAAUUGCGAUAAAUAAAAACUGUGAAAUAAUGGAAAAAAAUAAUGAAAUAAAUAAAGAUGAAGAUGAAUCUAAUCAAUGUAGUAUUGCUAGUGGGUAUGUUGAUGAUAAUGAUUAUAAUAAGAGUAAGAAUUUCGAAAAUUAUAAUAAAAAAUUAUGGAAAAAUAAAAAUAUUAAUUCAUUAAUUUAUAAUUUGAUAUGUAAAAAAAAAGUAAAUUUUUAUAAAAAUUAUAUUAGUUGUGAUAAAGAUAUAUACAAAACUAUAGAAAGCUCUUGCUAUAAUGAAAUACCUUAUGUUUUAUUUUUUUACAUUAAUUAUUUUAAAAAUCUAAGAAGGGGAGAAUUAAUUGAUAUUCCAUUGUGCUUAGAUAUAUACGAAGAGAAAGAAGAAAAGGAAUCUGACAAUAAGAAAGGAAAAAACUUAUGUUAUACAAUAAAAAGAAAUAGUACAAAAAACAAAAAUGAUAUUGAUGAAAAAAAAAUCACAUAUCAUUUAUAUGCUCUCAUUAUAUCAGAAAAUAAGGAUGCAAACAAUAUAACUAUUUCAAGUCAUACUAAAUGUAAUGAUAUAGAAUUUAAUAGUGGAAAUGAUUUAACUUGGAAUUCUUAUUCUUAUUUAAUUAUAAAACCAUAUAUAAAAGGAUCGUGGUAUAAAAUUUAUAAAAAUAGAAUAACUAAAUUGGGACAAUAUUUUGAAUUUAAUGAAUGGAAAUGUCACAAAGAUUUUUAUUGUUCUUGUUGUAUUUAUAUAAGUGAUAAUUAUUAUGGCAUGUAUAAUCAUUUCUUUUUACAACAAUUCAAUAUUAAAGAUAUUAAUUUCCCUUUAUACUUACAUACAUUGAGAGAAUUUGAUAUAGAAGAAAAGGACAUAUUUGAAUUUAAUAAAAAUUUUAAAGAUGACAUUUAUUCACUAUUCGCUGAUAAAAAUAAAGAGAGAAACGAUGACGAAGUAGUAUAUGAAAUAAGGAAAAUUCCUUUUGAAAAAUCACAACAAUGCGAAUCAAAUACAAACAACACAAGUGAUAACAGUAGCAAAAGGAAUGAUGAUUAUACGUCUAUAAAAAAUAUGGAAAACAAUAAUGAAAAUGGAUUUAAAAAAAAUUUCAUGACAAAUAAUCACGAUUAUGAACAGGAAAAAAAGAAAAACAAUUUUAAAAAAAGUAAAGUUGAAAAUUUUAAGAGAGACCAUCCUUUAAAAAAUUUUAAUAAUUUUUUAAGAACUAAAAAAUAUAUAAAAAUAGGGGAUAUGCAUAAAGAAAAAAUGAAUGAAAAUAUAUGUAAUAAAAACAGUUACCCUUUUAUAAAAGAUGAAAAUGAUUUAAUAAUUAACUGUUUAAAAACGCAUCAUAGAAUAAUGAUAAACAUAAAAGAAGAAUUAUUUGAAGAUGUAAUAAAAAUUGAAAAUAAUCAGAAUAUUACCUAUGAUUGUAAAAAUGAUAACAAAGCAAAAGUAUGUAUUGUUAUUAAUAAAAGCAAUAGUAAAUUGAAAGAGAAUAGACAUUUUUUUGAUUUGAGAAGUAUAAUAAAGAAUUAUGGAAAUUUUGAUAGUAAUAAUUUAGAUCUUCAUCAUGGUCUUAAACAAAUAAAUUUUUAUGAUAACUUAUCAACGAUCCUAAAUUCAUCAAACAAUACAUCUUUAUCUUUUAAUUCAUUAAAAAAAAGAGAGCAGGACAAUCAGAAAAAUAUGUUUAUAGUUAAUAGAAAAAAAUGUAUUAGUGAAUUAAAUGACAAUGAAUUUAAAGGAAAUAAUGGAGUAUGUAAUUUAAAUAAUAGUGAAUUAUAUUUGCAUAGUGAUAAAGAAUUGAAUUAUAUAGAAAAAGUAAAUAAUGAAAACGAGUUGAUACAAUUAGUUAAUAUAAAUGAUACUAAUAGUGAAAUAAAUAGCAUACAUAAAGAAAAUAAUAAUUGUGUAAAUUACGAUAAAAAUAAUCAUGUAAAUAUAAUGAAGACAUUCAAUGAUAUGUAUAAAAGUAUAGAAAAAAAUAGAGGAGCGAAAAUUGGUUUAAACGUUGUGAAUAAUAUACAAAAAUCAAAAAAUAGAUAUAACAUAAAAAAAAAUUCAAGAAAUAUUAAUUUUGUAAAUGAUCAUAUGAAUAAUGAUAUAAUUAAUUCAAAUGAUAUAGAUUGCAUAAAGUAUAUUAUACAUUUGCAGAAUUAUAUAAAAAAUAUGAAUUAUAAUAAGGGAGUUUAUUCUGAUAAAAGUAAUGCUAGUAUAAGGAAUCCUUUUUACACUGAACUUAAUGAUAUGUUUUAUAAUUCUUUUAAGGAAAAAUUAAACAUUAAUACUAUAAGGAAAAAUUAUAUUGAAAAUGAAGAAAAAUCAGAAUUACAUAAAUAUUAUUUAAAAACAUGUUUAAAUAUGUUUAAAGAUUUUUUUCGUCAAUAUUUUUAUCUGAGUUUUAUCAACAAUUUAGAAAUAAAGAAGAAAAAAAAAAAUACUUAUAAUAAUUUUUGUAUAGCAUUAUCAGAUAUUUUCUUUAAAAAUUUAAGUUUCAAUGCGGAUGAAGAGGAAAAUUUUGAACAUUUGUUAGGUGGUAUAACUAUUUAUGAGUUUUAUGAAAAUAGGUUUAAAGAAUUAAAAAAUAUAUUAAGGAAGAUUUUUAUGUAUUUAAAUAUAAUUAACAGAUUAAUUACAUAUAUAAAAUUAAAAAAACUGUUUUUUAACGAAAAUUUUGAUUUGCAUACUUGUAAAAUGCACGACACGUUUUUCUUUAAUUAUUUAUAUUUUUUUUAUAAUAAAUAUUCAAAAAAUUGUAAAAAUAAUUAUAUAAAGAAGUUAUGCCAAAAACUUUCUAUAAAUAAAAGAGAAAUAAUUAAUUAUAUAAAAAGAAACGUUAAUACACUGAGAGAGGAAAAUUUUUAUUUUUUAGAAUUUUAUGAGAAGAUAUUUAAAAAUAAUGAAAAUAAAAAUGAAAAAGAAAAUUUUAAUAAAUUAGAGAAAUUGUUUACUUUUUGUAGUUGUAUAUCAGAAGAGAAAAAAAAAUAUACUUUUUUUGAAAAAACAAAUCACGAUAUUGACUGCGUUUUUCGAUAUUUAUCGUCUAAUUUGCAUGAGGAUGUUUCAUAUUUAAAGAAUAAAAAUAACAAUUUUCAGAAAAAAAUCAAUUAUCAAAAUAAAGAAAAUUUUGAAAAGGAAAAGAUGUUUUUUUUAAAUAAUAAUAAUAAUAUUGAUUUAAAUAUUGAAAAAGUAUUAAAUUCUGAUGAACAAAAUCCCAAAAAAAUGGAGUUUUUUCUUUUAAAUUUAUUAAACAAUAAAAAAAAAACAUGCAUUUUAUGUUAUUGCGUGCGAAGAUAUUAUUUAAGAAUUUUGAAAAAGUUACAAAAAAAAUUAACUUUUAAAGAAUUAGAUAAACAAAUAGAUUAUAUUUUUGAUAAAAAUUAUUCAGAAAUAACAAAAUUAUUUAAAAGAGAAAAUAAUAACACGGAUAAAAGCUGUAAUUGUUCAAGUAUUUUUAAAUAUAUAAAUAUUGAUGAUAUUGAAGCAUGCAUAAUUUAUUUACUUCAAAUAAUGUGGAGAUUUUAUAUUUGUGAUAUUCUCUCAAUACCUAGUGAAUUAGAGCAAAUUUAUGAUAAUUUAUCGAAAAAACAUAAAAGAAAAAAAUAUAAGAAUUCAAAAGAUGAGAGAAGUUGGAAUUUUAUAAAAUAUUUAAAAGAAGAAAGAGUAAAUAACAUAAUUAAUAGAUAUAUGUCUUCUGAUGAAGAUUAUUCAUUAUCACCAAUUGAUGAUGAACAAAUUGCAAACAAGAAAUCUUUAUUUUCUAAUUUUCAAUUUAUUGAUAUUAGUGGAAUAAAAAAGAAAUUUCUAAACACUUAUAAUUUUUUUAAGAAUGAAGAACUAAAGCACAAUGUUGAAAACGAUAAAAAUAAGUAUGAUAAUAAAAAUUUUAAAAAAGUUGAUAGAACAGAAAAGAAAUUAAAUGAAGAUGCUACGUCUAAUUAUGAUAUUGAUAUAAAUAUUUUAAAAGAAGAGGAGCUGUAUAAAUGCAAAAGAGUAUAUAAAAGCACAUAUAAUUUAUUGGAAAAAUUAAAAAAAGAUUUAGAAAAUACAGAAUUGAAAAAAUUGAUGCAAUAUUUUCAUUUCCGGGGAAUUAAAAAAAAAAUAACUAAUGGAAAUGAAAAAAAUAAUAUUAAUAUUUGUGUUUCCCUAGAUGAAGAUGGAACAAAUUAUUCUAUAGAAGAAAAACAAGAAAGAAAUGAGGAUUUAUUAAAAAAAAUUCCCGUGAAUGAUGAGCUUAUACAUUUCAAUAAUCAUAAACUUUCUAAGGAAAGUUUCAAAAAUGAAAAUAUAUCUGCAAUGUUUGAAAACAAUUUUGAAAAUGUGCCAAGUAGUUUGAAUGUUGAUCAAAAAGUUACAUCAAAUUUUUUUGUUAAUUUAAAAUUAUAUAAAGAGAAAUAUGAUAAUAAUAAUAAUAAUAAUAAUGAUAAUGAUAAAGAUACUGAUAUAUUAAAAAAAAAUAUUUUUGUAUCUCUUAUCGAUAAAGUUAGUGAAACAAUGAAAAAACAUAAUAUAGCUAAUAUAGAUGAAAUUAAAAUAGUUUUAUUAAAAAAUGGUUAUGAUAUAGAUAAAUGUUAUAACGGGUUAGAUGCAAUAUUUUUAUUUUUGUCAAAAAUUAAAGGUGUAAAUAUGAGUUUUUUAAAUGAAAGUAGUAUUUUGAAUGAUAGGAAUAUUUAUGAAAUACUUCUAGACAGUUUCCAAAACAUAAAUUACAGCAUCAUAGAAAAAGAUUUUCAUUCUUUAAAUUAUAUUUUGGAGAUAUUUGAUAACAUUGAUGAAAAUUACAUAUUUCAGAGAUAUGAUUAUUUUUUUAAUUUUACAGAUUUGCUUUUUACUAUGCAAAAUAUUGUUGAUGAUACUGAUAUAACACAUGCUAUGUUUACUCCUUUUUUUGAUAUACUAAAUAAUCUAUUUAGUUACGGAAUUGGUUUAAAUAAUAAUUCUAACGAGAAUAAUAAAGAGAUAAUACAAAUUAAUAGCUUAGAAUAUUUUUUAGAUAGUUUACAUAAAAAUAUAGGAUCAUUAUUGAUUAUUGAUAAAAAUUUUGAAUGCAAAAAAGAACUAUUUUCUUUUAUACAAUAUAAUAGCUUUUUCUGGUAUAUAUUUUACAAGCAAUAUAACUUGUUUUUAUCAUAUUAUGAUUUUGACAAUCAUUGUUAUUUAUUUAAUGCUUUUCUCUUCCAUUUUUUUAAUUAUGUUUUUAAUUUUCCUCUAGAUAAUUUUUUCCAGUUAUAUAACAAAUUACCCUUAGAGAAGGAACAAAUUGUUGAAAAAUUAUUUAUGAAAUUUUCUUUUUUAAAAGAAGAAGAAAAAUCAUUAUUUAAAAUUAUUUUACGAUUUCUUUUGCAAGAACAUAAUCAUUUUUAUAAUUAUUAUUACAAUAACGAGUUAUCGCUUUUUGUUUUUAAUGCCAUUAUAUCUCUGAACAAUUUUUAUUUAAAUAUGCAUCAACCAUACAUAUUUUCCAAAAGUUAUACAGAAUUAAAUGAUUAUGAAUAUAUGAAUAAAAAGAAAAAUAGUUUCCUAACUAUAAGUAAUAAUCUUAAAGAAGAUGAAAAAGAAGUGAAAAUUAAAAGAGAGAAAGAAGAAAAAAAAAAAAGAAAAGAACACUUCGAAAACUUUAAUUUGAAUAAUAAAAACAUAAUCCCAUUUUUAAAAAGUAAAGAAAGAGAACUAGUAAGAGUAGGUGAAACAUUUAAUUUUUAUACAACAAAUAAUUCCAUAUAUUUUAAUAACAACACUGUUAACAUCCUAAAUUUUAUUUUAAAAGAUUAUAAAAAAAAUAAUUUUGUGAAUUAUAGUAAUUCUAAUAUAAACAACGAUUUAUUUUAUCUUGCGUACAACUAUCCUGUUAUUAAUAUAAAUACAGAAAAUAAUAAUUUGUUCACCGUCUAUUUAAGAAGUAUAUAUAAUUAUAAUGAACAUUUUAGAAAUUUAAAUCACGUCUAUUAUAUAUAUAGUAAUUUUUUUUAUAAUUUCCAUAAUCUAUUUUUAUUUUUGAAUAAAAAAAAUGAUUUAUUUUACUCACUUUUUAAGCUUCGAUUAAAAAAUAAUGAAUCAAAAAAGGCUGAUAAUUUUUUUUAUGCUAAUGAUGAUAUAAAUAGUAAUUUAAGUAAAUCUACUGUGGAAAAAGUAAAAGAUGAAAGAGUACUAACUUCUAAGGAAAUAAAUAAAGAAGAAUAUUACACAAAUGCUAUACAUAAUUGUUUAAGUAAAAUAUUUUAUUUAUAUGAUGAUAUUGUAUACGAUAUAAAUGAUACAGUAAAUAUAGAUUAUUAUUUUAAAGACGACAAAGUAGACUUAAAUUUUAUUAAAGAUAAAAAUAUUAACUAUUAUGAAGAAAAACAGGAUAUGCUUUAUAAAUUAAAUGCUAAUAAAAAAAAGAAUAAUAGAAAUAAUGAAAUAGAAAAAAACAUUGAUGAUAUACUUGGUGAAUUAGUAAAUAAUAAAGAAAAAGAUAUAAAUAUUUUAGAAAAUAAUGUGGAAGAUCAUUCAGAUAUUCUUAAAAAUAAAAAUAGCAAUAAAAGGAAGAAAAAUGAAAAAAACGAAGAUUAUUUACAUAUUACUGAGUUAGAAAGAGAUAUAAUGAAUAUCAAAUUUAAUCAAAAAGAAUUCUUAAGAAGAAAUUUGCCAUCUUUUUUUUAUUCUUCGUCCUUAAUUCAUAAUAAUAAAAAUGUUACUGGUGGUAACACUGAUGUAAUAGAAAGAAAUUAUGUAUCUUCAGGUUUGUCAAAAAAGUAUUUAUGCAUAUCUUUAUUAUUUAAUGUUGAGUUCUAUAAUAUAAGAGGAAUGCAUAUAGAAAAUAAAAUAUUAUCAAAUAGAAUUUUAAAGAUAAACAAGGUUUUAAAAGACAGUAAAGGAAGAUUAAUAAAUGUAAAAGUAUUUCACUUAUACAAUAUUUUUUCUAAAAUAAUUGAAUUAUAUUACGAGGAGAAAAAUAAUAAUAAAAAAGAAAAGAAGUAUAUAAAUGGUAUUGAUUAUAAAAUUAAUGAAGAAUUUUAUUAUAAAAUAAAAAUUACUACUCAUUUCUUUUUAUUAUAUGCAAUUAAGAAAGAUUAUGAUAAGAAGAACAAAAAUAAAUUGAUUUUCAUGAAUAUUAACUCUGACUUGGAAUCAUAUGUUGAAGAUAAGAAGGAGGGAUUAUAUAAAUUUGAUUUAAAUAUAUUACUAGUCCCUAUUUCUUCCCAUAUAUUAUUAAGCAGAUAUAAUGGAAAUAUAAAUUUAUUUAACGAAAAUGAUUAUCCAUUAAUAACUUUUAAAUAUUUAACUUCAACAUAUGAAUUAAUAUGCAUAGGAAUUAUUAUAUGCUCUUCUAAAUUAUUGCUACAAGACUAUAUAUUGAAUUGGUUUAUCCCAAAAAUUAAGGAAAUGAAGUUAUUAAAUGAAGAUAUAGAUAUAAAACUAGAAGAUAUAAAUGUUUAUGAAGAAUCUGAACUAUACUGUUUAGAAAAAAUACGCAAAUUUUCCUGCAGUAUAAAAAAAUUACUAAAAAAAUAUAGCAAUACAGUUGUUAUUCAAUUGAAGAAAAAUCAUUUUUUUAAGAAAAUAAAUAUAAGAUGUAUAGAAAAUUCGAAAUUAAACACAUCUAAUUUUUGUUCUAGGUGUAGGAGUAAUUAUAUAUGUAUAUGUGAUAAAAUAAAAAAGGAAGAAUUAAGGAAAAAAUUGCAAUAUAUAAAAAACCAAGAGAAAUUACAUGAAGUAAUUAAAAAAAGCAAUGAAAUAAAAAAUAUUGAAGAGAAUAAUGAAAAGAACAAACAAAAAAAAUCAGAUACAAAGAGCACGAAUAAUAUGGAUGAAAUAGUAGACAAUCAUAUAAACAUCACAAGUGAUAUAUAUUCUGAUAGUUAUAUUAAUAGCAGUGAAUUAAAAGGAAAUGAUAUAAAUAAACAAAAAUUUAAUGAAUAUGGAGAAAUAAUCCAAAACUUACACGAAAAUUCUAAAUUAUUAAACGAAUUAGAAAUAUUAGAAAAUUCUUAUCGUUCAACUAAUAGUUCUAUAUUAUCUUUAUCAAGUGAUGAUCUAUCUGAUUAUUCUGAAAGUGAUUAUAUGUUUUUAUACAAUAUUAAGAAUAAUUAUUUUGCUUUUAAUAAUAUGUUAUCUAAUAGUGAAGUUCUAAGCAAUGAAGAAAACGUGCAUGAUAUACAAAAAGUUAUAAAUAAUACUUCUAAUAUUGAAAAUAGUAAGAGAAAAAUUCCAUUUAAAAAUAUAAGUAAUUUAAAAAAUGACAUUGAAGAAGUAAUUUUAAAAGAAUUCAAUAAAAUAAGUAAAGCAAAUUUAAAGAGUAUAUAUAAUAGGCAAAAAUUGCUUGAGAGUAAAGAAAAUGCUUAUAAUAAAAUAAUUAAUAAUGAAAUAGAAAAAAAAGAAAAUCUAAGACAGUAUAACUAUAUAGAACAUAAUAAAGAAAUUAAAAAAUCUAAAAAUGAAGAGGAAAAAGAAACAAAAAGAAACAAAAAGGAAGAAAAAAUAAAAAAAAAUAAGAUAAAUGAUGAAGUAGAAAGCAAAAUAAAAGCUAGUGAAGAACAUGUAAUAAAAGAAGAUAUAAAAAUUUUUAAUGAAACAAAUGAAGAAUUAAAUAAUAAUAAUAAAAAAGAAUAUUGCAUGUCACUCAUACAGGAACAAGAAAAAAUCAUAUGUGAUAAUAGUGAAGUACCAAAUAAAAAUAACAAGUAUGAUAUAAAAAUAAAAUAUGAUGAGAUUUCCCCAGAUCAAAAAGAGCAAAAAAUUAUUGAAAAUGAUCAAAACAAAAAUAUUAAAGAAAUUAAUAAUAAAAAAAAUCCUCAAAAUUAUGCAUAUAUUGAAAAGGUAAAUGCUACGUAUGAAGAUGUAGAAGAAGAAAUAGAUAUUGAUUCAAAUAUAAAUAUUUAUGAUAAGGAUAAUAAAGUAAAUAUUAUAAGAAUUAGUGAAAUGAAAAACGAAUAUGUAAAUAGUAGUUGUGUAAAUUUUAAUAAUAAUAUUGAUAGUAGCAUUAGUGAUAAUAAAAAAAAUAUUAAAAAUAGAGAUAGAGAUAAUAAAAAUGAUUAUAAAGAUAGAAGUAGGGAUAAAAUUAACCGUAACAGAAGAAAUAACGAUAACAUUAACAACAAUUAUAAUAAUAGUAAAAUUAAUAAUAAUAACAGUAAGGAUAACAGUAAUAAUAAUAAUAAUAAUAGUAAUAAUAGUAAAAUUAAUAGUAAUAACAGUAAGGAUAACAGUAAUAAUAAUAAUAAUAAUAAUAAUAAUAAUAAUAAUAAUAAUAAUAAUAAUAAUAAUAAUAAUAAUAAUAAUAAUAAUAAUAAUAAUAGUAAUAAUAGUAAAAUUAAUAGUAAUAACAGUAAGGAUAAUAAUAAUAAUAAUAAUAAUAAUAAUAAUAAUAAUAAUAAUAAUAAUAAUAAUAAUAAUAAUAAUAAUAAUAAUAAUAAUAAUAAUAAUAAUAAUAAUAAUAAUAAUAAUAAUAAUAAUAACGAAAGUGGUGAAGAUAAUGAUAGUGACAACUACAGUAAUUAUAAAAAAAAUAGUAAUAACAAUAAAAAAAAUAAUAAUAAAGAUAGCAAUAAAAAACAAAAUGAAGAUAGCAAUAAUAGUGAUGAUAAUAAUAAUAGUAAAAAUAAUAACCAGAAAAACAAUAUAAUUAAAAACUCAGACGAUAUUAUAAAUAAUUAUUUUUGUAAAAAUGUUACUGAAAAUAUUGCAAAAAAUGAUAAAUUAGAAAAUAUUGCUUCAUAUAUAUACAAUGAAUUAGUUGAAAUAACGAAAAAAAAAUUAAAAAAGAAUGUAAUACGAAUAGAUAGUUUAUCAUCGGAUAGUUAUUUAAAUGUAGGUGAAGAAUUUUUAAAUGUUAUGAAAGAAAUAAUUUUAAAAUUAAAUAACAAGUUUAAUGCAGCAGAAAAUAUGAAAAAAUUUGGUAAUAAAAAUUCUUUUAAUAAUAGAACAAGAAUACAAACUUCUAAUAAAAAUCACGAAAGUGAUAAUAAGGGGGGAGGUCAUUUAAAUGGUGAAGAUAAUAAUGAUAUAAAAAAGUAUAAUUUAUAUGAUAAUGAACAUAUUAUAAAAUUUUUGAAUCUUUUAAAAAAAAAAUUAAUACACAAAAUAUUAUUUCCGGAUUUACAAAGUGAUAAAAAUAAAAGUAGAAAUAAAAAAAAUAUAAAAAAAAAAAAGCAAGUAGAUAUUAAAUAUAUAUAUGAAAUAUUCAAGAGAGAAUAUAUUUUUUAUGAUAAAAUAUUAAUAUUAAUACAACAUAUAUUAGAUAUUAAUAUAAGAACAAAUAUAUUUUUAUUUGUCUAUUUAUUUACUGGGAAGUAUUUUUCAUAUGCUGAUUUUGAUUAUAUAUUAAAUAAUAUGAUUUUUUAUAAUGAUUUUGUUUAUUAUAAUAAAGUUAAUUUUGAAGAUAGCUUUUUACUUGAAAAUAAUUUGAAUUCUUCAUGUAAUAAUAUGAAGAAUUUAGAAUAUACUUUUAAUAAUCCCAUUAUAAUGAAUAAUAAUAGUUUAAAAAAUAUUGUGACUAAUGAUAAUACAAAAGAAGAAAUUAUAAAAGUAAAACGUGCAUUAGAAGAUGAAGAUGAAUAUGAAAGAAAAAAAAAAAUACAUGCAGAUAAGGAAAUAAAAGUAGAAAAAAAUAUUAUAAGCAGUGACAAUAUAAAUAUAGAUAAAAUUCAAAGUGUUAUAGAUGAAAAUAAUGAAGAAAAUGAAGAAAAUGAGAAAAAAAAGAAAAAAAAAAAUGUUGAUGAAGAAGCAGGUGAUGAUGUAUUAAUAAACAUAAACAUUAGUAAAAUAAUAUAUAUAUUAAUUUUAAUUAGCAAUAAAAGAAUAAUGAAAGAAUUAACUGAAGAAAAUCAUUGUAAAGAAUUAAAUGAAAAUUAUUACCUAGAAAUGAAUAAAAGGUAUUAUGAAAUAUUAAAUAAUGAUUAUAACAAAAUAAUGAAAGAAAAUUAUUCAAAAGAUUUAAACGAUAAUUAUGUAAAAGAUAUAAAAUUUUUAGAGAAUUUAAAAAUUGAGGAGUUAAUAAAUAACAAUGAAUUAUUAUUAACGACAUUCAGUAAAAUUGUAAAAGAAGGAGAUGCGACUAAUAAACUACAAAAUAAUAAUGAAAAAAAAAAAUAUGAGAAUGAAGAAUAUAAAAAAGAAUUAAAUGAAAAUGAAUUAGUAAUAAACGAAAAUGAAAUAUUGAAUGAAAUUAAUUUGAAUAAAAAUAUAAAUGUACACAAUUUUAUAAAGUUUAAAUUAAAUUUAAGAAUAGCAAUAAAAAAAAUUAACUUAAUGCAAGUGAAUACAUCAUUUUAUUCUUUAAUAUUUAAGUAUAAUAGUAAUUUAAUAAACAUAAUACACACUGAUUAUAAAGAAGCAGAUUAUAAUUUAAUAAUUCCCAAUUUUUUCAAUUAUAAUGACAUUUUACAAGUAAGUGUAAAAGACAUAGAAAAGUUAAAAGAAAUAUAUGAUAAAUAUGUUGCACUUAAUAAUAAGUCAAAUAUAUUAAAAGAAAUGUAUUUAUUAAAUAGUGAAAUAAAUAAUUUGCUAAAUAAUAUCUUUCAUGAUAAAAAUGAAAUUAACCUAACAAAUACGAAUGCUAAUGUAAUAAAAAACAAUAAUAAGAAAAAUUACAUUUAUAAAAAUGAGGUUGCAAAUAACAAAGAAUUAAAAAUGCAUAUCAUCAAAACAUGUUCUAAUUCAGAUAUACAAAAUGAAAUGAAUAAUAAUAUUUAUGAAAAACAAAAGGUAUUAAAAAAUCCAUAUUCUUCUUUGUAUGAUUCUUCUAACAAAAACAUUAAUAAUUUAAAAUUGAACACAUAUAAUUUAUCUUAUUCAAGUAAAAAUAAAAAAAGUCUUUUAGAUAAUAAAAAUAUAUUUUACAAUACAAAUGAAGUAAAUUCUAUGAAUGAUGAAACAAAACUAAGGAAAGUAAGUAAUCAAACUCUAAUUGCGAAAAAUGGAAAAAUAAAUAAUAAUUCAAUUAAAUAUGUGAAAAAAAAUAAAUUCAAAAGAAUUUAUAAUAAAGAUAUUCCAUAUAUAUGUAAUGAAGGAAAAACUUGGAUGGUUAUAUAUAAACCAGCAUAUUAUCAUUGUUCAGCAUACACUUCUCAUAAUAGAUACAAUUUUUUAGUAAAUAUAAAUAAAUAUAGUGAUUAUUUUUACAAUAUAUUAGAAAAAAUAUGCAUAAAAUGCAAAAUAAAAACGAAAUUUAUGUGUUUACCAUGUAAAGAAAUGGAAAAUAUAUGCAAUAAAUGUGAACAUAUUGUAGCAAGAUUUUGCAAAAAAUGUAGUAUUCUAAUCAAGAAAAAUAGAGAUGUUUUAAAAAUAAUAAAUAACAUAUCAUUAAAUGAUGUUAUAUAUAGUGGUAGAGUAGAAUCAUUUCAUCUAUUUAUGAUGAAAUCCUUUCCUCAUUUAGAAACAGUUAAAAAAUGGCAUAAAUUAGAAUGUGGGUUAUGUCAUAGAAUAGAUUUAGAAACGUCAGGAAGUUUAAUAAUUGCAAAAACGAAAGAAGCAAGAGAAUUUUUAUUUGACCAAUUUCGUAAAAGAAAUGUUUAUAAAGAAUAUAUUUUAUUAUGUCAUGGAAGAAUUAAGAAAAAGAAAGGGUUUAUCAAUAAGUCAAUACAAACUCAUGAAUAUAAUAACUUUCAUAGUAAAAGUCAUUUUAGCUUAGUAGUUAAAACAGGAGGUACUGAUGCAUACACGGAAUAUAAUUGUGUAAAAGUAUAUAAAUUAAAAAGGCAUAUUAAAGAUAUUAUUGAAGAGGUUUUAGGAGGAAAAUACAACUGUAAUAGUACUGUCAAAAAAGAUAUUAAAAAAGAGAUAUAUAGUGAUGACUACUAUAAAUUUUUAAAUGACGAAAAUAAAAAUGUAAAUGUUAUACAAAGAUAUGUAAUUAAAGAUUUAUUAUCUGACAAUAAAAAUAGUAAUAGUAACUGCGUUUAUUUCACAUCACCUGAUUAUUCAUCAUAUGUUCAGAGAAAUUACUGCAAUAUUACAAUUAAUUAUUAUUCAGAUUCUCAAAUUUUAGAAUCUAAGAAAAAAAGAAAAAAAAAAGGUACCAAAAAUGUUAGUACUAAAGAUGGUAUCAUUGAGGAUUCAGAAGAAAAAAAUACUUUAAAAAAUGAUAUAGAAAAUAUAACAAAAAAGAGAGAAAUGAUAAAACUAGAUUCCUCAAAUUUAAAUAAUAACAAAAAUGUUAAUAAUACGGGAGAUGACUCUGUAAAGAAAAAUGUUUGUCAUCAUUUAUGUUUUCGUUGUAAUUCUGUAUCAGAUGAAUAUUUAUAUACUGAUUUAAAAGAAAUUGAAAAUUAUACAAAAGAAUUUACUUUAUGCAACGUUAAAAUUCAUACAGGAAGAACACAUCAAAUACGAGUCCAUAUGAGGCAUAUUGGGCAUCCAUUAGUUUCUGAUAAAAAGUAUUUAAAUCCCUCUUUAAGUAAUAUAGACAAGUAUUGGUGUUUUCGAAUGUUCUUGCAUUCUCUCAUUUUAGAAUUUAAUAAUCCAGAUUAUUAUUUUUUUAAUUUAAAUGAUGAUUUAAAAAAAAAAAAGAAAAUGUAUUCAAAUAAUAUGUAUAGAAUUCCUGAUCGAACUGUUAAAGCAAUAUGCCCAUUGGCUUGUGAUUUACAAACAGUUCUUGAUAAUGAAUUAGAAGUAUCAGAAAAUUUAGAAGAUGAAAAUAGCUAUAUUAAUAGAAUACUUAAAAUGAACAUUAAUGAUAAAAGAAAUGAAGCUAUGAAAAAUUCUAAAGCAAUAAUUGAAGGACAAAGAACAGAAAAAGAUCAAAGUAAAGAAAGCAAGUUUUAUUCUGCAAGAGAAGAGAACAAUGAAAAAGAGAAAAAAAAUGAACAAGAAAACAACAAAGUAGAGCAAAAGAAGGAAGAGGAAGAAGAGGAAGAAGAAAAAAAAGAUGAGAUAGAAGAUGAAGAUUAUGAGGAUGAUGAUGAUGCAUAUUAUGUAGAAGAAAAAGGCAAACAGCAACAAAAAAAGAAAGUAAAUAAAAAAAAAACAGGAGUAAAAAAAGUUCAAAAUAUAUAUGAUAAUGAUUAUGAUGAAACAAAAGGAGAUGAGGAAACAAAAAUAAGUAAAAUUAUUGGAGAAAAAAAAUUAAUAAAGAAAAAAGAAUUAAAUAAAAAUAGUGAAUUCCCUCAUUUAGUUCUAAGUAUUAAAAAAAAGAAAAAAACAAAGAAAGAUAAAGCUAAUUUAUCAUUGAACAAGGAGAAUAAAGAUGUGUUACAAAAAAAAAAUGUAUUAUCGAAAUCUGCUACCAAGAAAAAAGAAAGUGGUUUAAUUGAAUUGAUGGAAGAGGUAUAUGUAAAAAAAGAAAAUGAUAAUAAUAAAAAAGAAACAGAUGAUUUAUCGUAUAAUAUUAUGGAAAAUAAUAAUAAUAUGAGAAAAAAUGUUUUUUCAAAUGAAGAAAAUGUGAAUCUUAAACAAAAAAAUAAUAUAAAUGAAAAAGGAAUAGAAAAAAGAGAAGUAAAAAAUGAAUAUGAAGAAUUAGAAUUUUAUGAUGGAGAAAAGAUAAAAAUGCUAAUAUCCAAAAAUCAGAAUAACAAAAUUUUGCGCAAACUGAAUUAUAGUGAGCUUUUCGAAGUAAAAAAUAAAAUAGAUUCCAACAAAGAAUUGAAUAUUAAUCAAAAUGAAAAUGAUAUAAAUAAAAUAACAAAGGAAUAUUAUACUAAUGAAGAUAUAAAUAAUAAAAUAGAGACGAAUUUUAAUUUCAUAGUAAAAGAAGCAAAGAUAGUAAUUGAUAAUAUUAUUAAGAACAGUUUCAUUUUUAAAAUAUUUUUUUAUUUUUCUAAAUUAAAAAGAACUUUAUUGUAUCUAUUAAAUACUUUCGGAAAGGAAACAACAAAAAAGGAAAAAAAAAGUUAUGUUGAAUUAAAUUUAAUUGAAGUGUUUAGUAAUAAAAAUGAAAAUCAAGAAAAAGUUCCAAAAUGUUUCAUUUUUGAGUUAAUAUAUUGCAUUACAUACUUAUUUAAAACUUUACACGCAAAAAAAAAAAAAAAUGAAAUUAUUGUUUAUACUUUGAAGAAGCAUUUAAAAAAUAUUAAGAGUAAUGUUCAUAUGUCAUAUAAAAAUAAAAAUAUUAUUUUUCAAUAUUUUUAUAAUAUUUUAUAUAACAUGAAUUAUGCUUUAAAUGAAUAUGGUUUAAACACAAAAGAAAGUUUGAAAAAUCAAAUAAUGGAAGAAUGCAAAAAUGUGUAUUUAAAAAUUACGAAUACUUUUACUAUAAUAAUGAAAACUUUAAAUGCUGAAGUAUCUCUAAAGGAUGUCAACAUAAAUCAUUUUAUAAAAAAUAAAAAAAUGUUUUCACUAAACACAAUUGAACAAUUCUUUUUAUUGUAUAAAUUUUAUGAAAAAAAAGAAACAAUGAAUGAAAAGAGAAAAGAGAAAAAAAAAAAUAAAGAAAAUAAAGGAGAAAAUUAUUUAACCACCGAAAUAAAAAAAAUAUUUAAAGGGGAUAAAAAAAAUGAAAAUAUAUUAAAUGAAUCUUAUGCAACAAACGAUGAUUGUUUUUAUUCAAAUAAAAAUGGAGAUACAGAACCAGUUAAAACUAAAAGGGGAUAUAAUAAUAAAGGAGCAAUAACUAAAGAGGAAGAUAUCGAAAAAGAGAGAGAUAAAAAAAAAGUAGAUAAUAAUAAAAUAAAAGAUUAUGAGAAUGAAGAAGAAAAAAAGGAAAAAGAAAUAGUUGAGAAGGUAAAAAAAAAGUUAUAUACUGAUGAUAUAAGUAACAAUAUUGAUAUAAAGAAAAAGAAAAUUGAUAAUGAAGAAAAAAUAUCAUUAAAUCAAAAUUUAGAAGAAAAAGAAAAUUUAAAUAAUAAUAUUUCCAAAAAAAAUAAGAAAACUAAUAAAACCGAAGAUAACGAUUUAAAAAAAAAAGAAAUUCAUGAAAAUGAAAAUGAAAAUGAAAAUGAAAAAAAUAAGGUAAUUAAGGAAUUUGCAUCAUCAAAAGAAGAAAUAAAAAAUCCUUCUGAAUAUGAGGAUAAAAUAGAUAAAACUAGUAAAAAAAAUUACAUUCAUAAUAAUGUAAUAAAAGAAGAAAAUAAGUAUACUGAUAAUUAUCAAUUCACGAAAAAUAAUCUUGAAAAUGUAGAAGAAAAGCAAAAGUUGUUACAUUUAUGUAUGGAAAGUAUAAUGCCAUCUAAUAAAAAAUUAAUAGACAACUAUAAUGCAAAUAUAUCUUAUUAUAGUAAUAAUAUGAACAAUCAUUUAAUACAUAAUAGUUAUAAUAAUCAAAAGACUAAUAUAGAAAUAAAAAAUAAUUUUUUAAAUAUUGAUUCAGAUAAGAACCUUGAAGAUAAAAAUUUAUUUACUUCUAAUGAUAAGAAUCUAUGUGACCGUGGAUUUUUUGUUGAUAAUCAUAAAAAAAAUGUAACUAUUGAUAUUAAUUUGAGUAAUGCAGAAAAUUUGAAUAUAAACAAUAGUAAUAAAUUGAAUAAUGUGAGUAAUAAUAUUUUGGUUAACAAAAAAGAAUACAGUAAUAUUAAUGAGGACCAAGGGCUUUAUAACAGUUUUAUUAAAGAAAUUGAAAAAUUAAGAAGUGAGACAAAUAAAUGUGAGGAAAAUUAUGAAAAGGAAAUGAUAGACAUUAAAAAUAAAAAAGAUGAAAUUGAUUUUUUAAAAAAAAAUAGCAACAAUGAAGAAAUAAAUCACAUAUUUUCUGAUGCUAAUUUAAAUAACUUCUCCAAAAUUUUGUUAAGUGCCUACGAAACAUAUGGAUUAAAUGCAUUUAUAAAAUUCUUAGUAUAUAAAAAUGAUAUAAGUAAUAUAAAUGAUUAUAAAAAGCAAGAUGAAGUAAACCUAGAAUUUUUUAUUAAUUUGUCAAUUGAUAAAAUAUUUGACUAUUUGUUAUUAAAAGAUAUACUUUCAAAUGUAAAUAUAAAAAAAUUAAAAGAAAAAUUUAUUCAGGGGCAAAAAGCUUUUGAAGCAAUAAGAAGUGAUGCAAAUAAUAUGAUUAUAGAAAAUAUAAAAAGAUAUAAUUUUAUUUAUAUAUUAUGGAAGAGUAAUAAUAGUAUGAAUGACAUAUAUGAAAGAAAACAAGUAAUUUAUAACUUUUUAAUAAAAAUAAUUGAUAAAAUUAUACAAAAAUAUUUGAUUUAUGAAUAUAUUUUAAUAAGGAAAAAUGAAAUUUGCAAAAAAAUAUAUAAUUCUUUAAAUAUAAAUGAGACUGCAAAUAAUUAUUCUUAUGAUUAUUGUAAAAAUGAUGUUAAUUAUAAUUACUUAUUAAAAAAUACAACAGGUGAUAAUGCUAUGGGAAGUUAUUCUAAUGAAUUUUAUUUAGAAAAAAAAAAAAAUGAUAAUAACGAUGGAUUUUUUAUUAAGAGAGAAAAUAAUGAUAUUUCCUGUAAUCAAAAAAUUAGUGAUUUAAAGAAAAACAUCAAUAAUAUAUAUGAUAAUUAUAAUAAUGAAAAACAGAGUAGUUACCAUGACCAAAAGAUAAAAAAAGAAGAAAAUCAUAUAUUAUAUCCCAAUUGUCAUGAAAAUAUAAAAAAUAACAUUUUUUCUAAUAAUUUAAAUAAAUAUCAUGAUACAUAUAAUAAAUUAAAUGAUAAUAGUAAUAAUAUUUUUGAAAAAAAUAAAAUUGUUAAAAAUAGUUCUUAUAAUGAAAAUAGUGCUAUUCCUUUGAAAAAUAAAAAUUAUGAAAAUUUUACAAAAAAUUAUAAAAGUAAUUCAUUUAGUGCAAAUAAUUUAAAUUUAAAUUUUCAUUCUCAAUAUAAUUUGAACAAAAAUAAUAAUACUGCUCAUUUUAAUUCUACUUAUAAUAUUUCUGAGUUAUCCAACUAUUUAAAUGUCACAAAUGUUAGCAAAUUAAAACAUCAGAUGUCUCUAAAUAAUAAUAAAAAAGAAAAUUAUUGUAAGAAUAAUUUUGAUUUAUAUUGUAAUAAUGAAAAAAGUUCCUUCUUGGACAUAGAAAAAGAAAAAAUGAAAAAAAAACAAGAAAAUGAAGUAUUUUUAAAUAGAGAAAGUAAUAAUACUAAUUCUAAUACUAAUAACUUAAAUAUGAGAGAUAUUCAAGAUAUGAGAAAUAAUAACACAUUUAUGAAUAAUUUUAAAGUAUCAAUAGAAAAUUUAAUUGACGAAAAAGAAACAAGUAAAGUAGAAAAUAAGGAAGAAGGAAAACUAAAAGAAAAGGAAGAAAAAAAAGAAACGGAAGAAGAAAAUAAAGAAAAAGAAAAAAAUAAUAAAAAAAAUAAAAUAAAUUAUUUUGAAAAAUUUAUGAAGAAUACUUAUGAUAAUAAAGUAAACGUUAUACUAAAGAGUGAUGAUCAAGGAGUUGAAUUAAAUAGAAGAAUAUUUACUGAAAAAAAUGAGAAAGAAAAAGAUGAAACAGAAGAAAAAAUAAAGAGAAACAUAUAUUACUUUAGUGAUAACAAUAAUAAUAGUGAUAAUUAUUUAAGUGGUGAUACUGACCUUUAUAAUAUAUCAAAUAAUUUGAUAAAAAGCUUUAAAAACAAUAUUCCAGAAGCAUUUUUUAAUAAAAGUUUAAAUAUGAUAAAUGAAGAUAAAGACAACAUAAAUACACUUAAUGAUGCAAUACAUUUUAAAAAUUUUGAAGAAAUUAAAAAUAUAAAUGAAUAUAGUAAUAAUGUGAAUGAACAUUUAGAUAAAAAUAAAUUUGACAUAUUUAAUAAAUUGAGUAAUAACUUUAUAUCACCCAAUAAUUUAUUGAAUAAUAAAAAUAAUAUUGAAUAUAAUGAUUUAUUUAAUAGUACUAAUAAUGAUAUUGAAAAAAAACCUACUCAUGAUUUUUUAAUGAGUAAUAAUUGCUCUUUAGUGAAUUAUAUAAAUAAAGCUUCUUGCACUAAUUCCAACAAUAGUUUAAAUCAUUUAGAAAAAAAUUCAUUAAAAAUAGAUAUGAAAAAUUCUAAUUUAAUGAUAUUUAACGAAGUAAAUAGAGAUAAUUCAAUCACUAAUUAUUUAGAUAAUAGUAAUAAUAUACAAAACUUAAAGUUCUCUAAGUAUUUUAAUGAUAAUAAUAUCACUAACACUUAUGAUAAUGGAAAAAGUUUAAGUGAAUCAAAUAUUAUGAAAAUAAUACCCAACUUAAAUAAUAGAGAAAGUUAUAAAAAAACUAGUAAUAAUAUAGAAAAAAUUUCUCACGAUAGCAGCUUAAAUGAAAUAAACAUAAAUAAUCAUAAAAGAAAUAUUUUGACAGAUUUUAAUUUACUAAAUUUAGAGAAUAAUAACAAGAUUAAUGAGAAAAGUAAAACAAAUUAUAACAAUAUGAAUAUGUAUUUAUCAAACAGUUACAACAAUUUAUUUGAGCAGAAAAUGAAUCCAUUAUUUUUAAAAAAAUAUUAUAAUUCAAAUUCAUACAUAGAUUCUGAAAAAGAAGAAAAUUUAGGAAAAAUAAAUAAUGGAAAGAAUUAUAUUUCAUCUGAUAAACAUAACAAUAGUAAUAAUGUAAUUAAUAUGAAUAAUGAAAAUAAUAUAAAUUUUUUAAAUAGCACAUAUGAAAUAAAUACAAAUAACAAUCACUUGAAUAGUAAUAUUCCCAACAAAUAUUCAAAUACUUAUUCGGAAAUAAAUAUUUAUAAGGAAAAUAAAAUUAAUAAUAACAAUACAGAAUAUAAUAAUAUAAAUGCAAAAUAUUUAAAUAAGACUUUUAGCCAUUUGGAUAUAAGAAAUAAUGUAAGUGAAUCUGAAGAAAAGCAAAAAUUGUAUUUUAAUGGAAUGAAGCAGAAAAAUGAGGUAGACAAAAACAUGUAUAAUAAUAAUAAUAAAAUGAAUCUUAAUUUAAAUUUUAAAGAAUACCAAAACCUCUUAUUUAAUGAUAAUAAUAAAAUAUCAGAAAAAAACAUAUGGGAAUGCUUAGAAAAUCAGAAUAAUGAAAAUUUUUAUGAUAAUAACAAAAGUCUCAAUGAAAGAGGUUUUUUCCCAGUAAAUGAAGAAAGAGAAAAGUUUGAUAGUUUUGAUUUAGUGAAACUAAAUGAAAUAAGAAAUGUUUCUGUUGAUAAGAAUAAAAAUUUAAUCGUUGGCAAUGUAUUAAAUAAUAAUGAUAAUAAUAAUAAUAAUAAGAGCAACAACAAUAUUGAUUAUUCUAAUAAUAAUAAUGGUAACAGUAAUAAUAAUAUUCCAAAUGAUAGUAAUAAUAAUAAUAAUAAUAUUCCAAAUGAUAGUAACAAUAAUAAUAAUAAUAAUAUUCCAAAUGAUAGUAACAAUAAUAAUAAUAAUAAUAUUCCAAAUGAUAGUAAUAACAAUAGUAAUAUUCUAAAUGAUAGUAAUAAUAAUAAAAUAAAUAAAAUAGCUGAUGAAAGCAUAUUAAAAAAUAAAUUAUCUAAUAACAGUAUUUUUAACGAAAUAAAUAAUGAUACACAAAAAUCUAAUUUAAAUUUUAAUUAUAAUAAGUUACAUGUAGAUAUGAAUCAAAGUGUGAAAUCUAAUUUAAAAAUAUCAACAAAUGAAGAAAAUAAUAAAUUUAUUUCUGAAAUUAAUACUAAUUUAGAUGAACCAAUGAAUUAUCUAUUUUUUAAAAAAAACAAUAAUUAUGUAGAUAAUAAUAUUUAUAUACUCAACGAAAGUGAAGAUAAUAAUGUUUUAAUAAAUAAUUCUUUAUUUAGUGAAAAUUUAAGAAACAAUAAAGAAAACGUAAUAUUAAGUAAUUCUUCACCACCUUCUAAGAGAUCUUUUAGUCCAAUUCACAAUUUAAAUGAAAAUUCUCAUUUAACAGAUGUUAAUAAUAAUAACAAUAAUAAUAAUAAUACAUCUAAUAAUUGUAAUAUGUUUGAUAAAAAAAUAAUAAAUUAUGCGAGUUUCUCUAAUUUCAAUGAUAAUAAAUACAUGUAUGAUUUAAAUAAAUCAGAUAUGAUAAAAGAUAAUAAUAAUUUAUCAAAAUCUCCUCAAAAUUAUAAUUUAAUUUGUCAGAAUAAAAUAAAUAAUGAAACUCCUUUUUAUAAAAAUGUUAAAAAUGAUUUUGAUAAUCCUCGUACAGAUAUCCCUUUUGCAUUAUCGUUGCCUGUAAAAAAAGAAAAUAAGACAGAAGAUAGCUUUAGUUCAAAAACAAAAAAUACUUAA